GCUCCUCUAGAGGUCCCAGGUUCAACUUCCGGUACCUACAUGGCAGCUCACAACCAUCUCUAAUUCCAGUCCUGGGGUUAUGUCGCCCUCUUCUGGCCUCACAGGUAUUUACUCAAGAGAAUGCAGCCUAUGCCCACAUAGACCUUCAUGCAUGAACACACUCACAGCGGCUUCAUUCCUAGCAGCUCCAAAUGGGAGACAACUCAAGCGUCCAUCAAGGCAUCCUGACUAGGUCUGUGACCUUGGGAGGCUGACGCACCGACUCCUCUUCACCCAGAGGACACCGUCGUCAGGACAUGGGAGCCCAGCCCUCGCGACGGCGGAUGACCGAAGCUCAACACGUGGCUUUGGCCGAGCUGCCCCCGGAGUUGCUGCUGCAGGUGCUGAGCCAUGUGCCUCCUCGCACGUUAGUGACCCGCUGCCGGCCGGUGUGCCGCGCCUGGCGCGACCUAGUAGAUGGCCCAAGUGUAUGGCUGCUGCAACUGGCUCGAGACCGCAGCGCGGAGGGCAGAGCCCUCUACGCCUUGGCCCAGAGCUGCCCCGCCGACCGUAACCGCCACGACGACUUCCCACUCUGUGCUCUGGCCCGCUUCUGCCUGCGAGCGCCGCUUGGCCGCAACCUCAUCUACAACUCCUGCGGAGAACAGGGCUUCAGAGGUUGGGAAGUGGAACAUGGCGGGAACGGCUGGGCUGUGGAAAAGAAUUUGACGAUGGUGCCAGGGGCUCCUUCUCAGACCUGCUUCGUGACUUCUUUUGAGUGGUGCUUCAAGAGGCAGCUUGUAGACCUGGUGAAGGAAGGAGUGUGGCAGGAGCUGCUGGACAGUGCCCAGAUUGAGAUCUACAUAGCUGACUGGUGGGGCGCCCGUGAGAACUGCGGCUGCAUCUACAGGCUUCGGGUCCGCCUACUGGAUGAACAUGAAAACGAAGUGGUCAAGUUCUCUGCCUCACCCAACCCAGUCCUUCAGUGGACUGAGAGGAGCUGCCGACAAGUGAGUCCGGACUGCUUACUCAACCCUGGCCUGCUCCAAGGUCUCUCACGUCUUCACUGACUUUGGCAAGGGCAUCCGCUAUGUGUCCUUUGAGCAGUAUGGAAGAGACACUCGUUCCUGGGUGGGACACUAUGGUGCCCUCGUGACCCACUCCACUGUGCGGGUCAGGAUCCGUCUGUCCUAGCUGACUGGCUUGACACACUGCCUUCUCCUGGAUGGAAUUAAAACCAAAGGUGGUUUUGCAGUCCCCAGCUGACAGCUAUCUGGGGGAAAAAGGAGAUCCUGGGUGGUCCUCCUGCUGGGACAAACCAGGGAUUACCAACUUGUUCAGAGCUUCUGUCUCUCAAGCAGGGACUACCAUGAGGUUACGCAGACAUCUCUAGGUUGCUAAGCCUGAGACCCACUUCAUGUGUGGAUCCCAGUGGGUAAACUGUUCAAAACAGCAGACUGAGCAGGACCUGACAGCGCACACUUCUAGUCCCAGCAUUCUCGGUAGAUGCAGGAGGGUUGGGAGUUCAAAGUCAUCCUCAGCUACAUGAGAGCCUGUCAAAAACAGAACAAAAAAACAAACAAAAACAUCCAACAGACCAAGCUUGGAAUUAUAACAAAAGGCUACUUAAAAGAAUACAGUGACAAAUUUUUUU